AUGCUCCCGCGCUCCAGGUCUUCCUCUUCCGGCUCUCAAUGGGGCCUAUGGCAGGAUCUUGCCCUGCCUGGUCAUUGCCUUCCCACUUGCGCCCCACUGGUGCAGCGAGGUCCCAACUCCAUGGACAGACAAGAGAGGAGGAGACGGCGACAAAGCAAGAGGCCCUGUCAACUGAAUCGCCUCUACACGGAUAUCGAACUCGAGCCCGAAGUCGUGACGAUCUCCCCGUACAAGGAGGCUCCAGCUGAUAGAACAACUGCGCGACUCUCUGGCAGGGCCACCGAAGGAGUCAGCCCUGCCACCACUGAGACCUCUGUCGCAGUGGAAAGCUCACGCCAUCCGAGCAGUGUAUACGGGUUGCCAACUCAACCAGCUGGUGGAGAGUAUUGGGUAGAGCCCUUUGGGCCGCCGAGUGCCGAGGCACAACUCACACCCAAUGAGGUUCAGCGACUCAAAUUUAUCCGGUGGAAAACGCGACACCCUCCGCCCACGACGGUGUAUCUGCGCCCAUACCUACGGGAGUCUGCUGGCCCCUCCUCCUCUCAUGAGACUUCAUUCGCCGGACUUGGAUGUGCAGCCAUUAUGACAAAAGCAACCGGACAGCCUUUGGAUGCCAAUCCAUGCCCCGCGUCUAUGAAGCCCAGCAACGCGCAUGAAGAGACCACGACCCGACCUCGUCGCAGAGCCAAGCAUGCCAGCAGGCCGGCCAAGAAGCAGCAUCAAGGAGUUGAGCUCUGCACAGAUGGAGAGAGUGAAUCCUCCCCAUCCACUCUCUCUUCCUUUUCAGAUGAACUCGGAGAGUUCCCAAGCGAAAUGACGGUUGGCAGCUUGGUUCUUCGGUUAGUGAGACCACUGCCGCCGCCAACGACACUUGCUGCCUCGUCUAUGGCAACGGGGAUGGCACCGGUUGAUGCCACCUUUACUGCUUCGACCCCAGCCACCGAGGCCUCCGGGGCAUCUGGCUCCAAGACCGAGGACCCACUUGGUCGCACGCCUCUACCUCGACGACGGCCGGCACAAGUGGCUAACGAGGAGAUUGCGGAGGGCAUCACCCCGGCUGGGAUUCCCUACCAACUGCCGAAACCAGUGCCUAAGAAGAGACCGGCCCCGGCAGGCCUGUCCUCCCAUGGGCCUUCUGCACCACCAUCGCCUCCACAGACUUCAGUCUCCAAGGAGCCCUCUACACUGAACUCCGACUGUGCCGACCCACAGGAAGUCAUCUCUACCACGGCUCCAGAGACUCAGCCUCCUGUCCAGGACACCGUGGUCACCACGGUACCGCUGCCUACUUCUACUUCGGAUGAAAGGAGGCAGACUCACCCUCUGAAGCGGACCAAAAAGACCACCACGAGUAAAGGCGAUGCAACCACCCGUGGACCGACACAGCCACCGAAGAAGAAGCGGGGACCUAAAUCCAAAAUCGGUCCCAAGCCGCGCCCUGCACAGACAGCCGACGUGUACGACCCUGACUACAAGCCUGACCCGGCAAGUCGCCCAAAGCGACGAAGCAAGUGGCUGAACAUCGGCCUAGAUGAGACUUCUGUUGAGACCCCGAAGCGAGGCACAGCCACAGGGGAUUCGAUUUCGGCCAGUGCUGGGUCCAUGCAGACCCAGACGUCGGCCUCAUCUGUUGGCUCGUACUUCGUGUCCCGUGGCCUCGGACUCAGUCAGGAUGCGUAUGCGGAACUGAUGCACUUUCUUGCGGAACAACACCCCACUGUCCGACCUCACGUGAUUUUCUUGCAAGAAACGCAUUGGAAAACACCUUCCGAUUACUCUACUGACCAGUGGCACAUCGUAUCCACACCGGCCGAACCUGCGGCAUCCGGUGGUGUUGCCAUAUUGAUCUCUGUUGAUCUCUGCGAUGCAAAUUCCAUCCUCACGGCCUCACCCAUCUCAGGUCGGCUACUCCACGCCCGCGUCCAGCUAGGCUCUGCAUGCCAGCUUGAUCUGAUCAACCUUUAUCAGAAAGUUUGGGCCACAAGCUUGACCAAAGGCAAAGAUCCGCAGACCAACGACUCGCGUCAACUUCGACGUACUGUUUGGCGAUCCUGGCGCCAGCUCCUUGGAAGCCUCCCACGGCGGCUGGUCCCGUGGACUGGCCCCUCGCACGUUGGCGAGGUGGCGGCAGGCAUUGGCCAGUUCUCUUCAGCGGUCUGUCGCUCAGAUGUGGACCCAAGGGCACAGGCCUUUCGACAGGAUGUACGGAACUGGCUUGCUGCUAAUCCCUGUCGCACCAUCUCUGAAGUCAAUCAGUACCUGCAUGAUGUGUCCACUCGAUUCUUCCCCUCUACAAAGCCAACUGCCAAGACAGGUGCCUGGCAGCACCCCACCGUCUCUUUAUCUGUUCGACAAAUGUGGGCCGCCUACAAGGAUUGGAAGCACCCCCCACCAGGCCGGCAACGACUCUUUUCUGCCUGGCGCGCCUAUAGUCAGUUCAAGCGAGCACACCGCGAAUUCAGGCGAGCCACGCGGGCUGCCAAGACGGCACAGAUGCAGGCACUUACACAGAGUAUGCAAGAGGCCACAGACAAAGGAGACGUUAGGGCACUCUUCCGUCUUGCCGCCAGUCUCGCUCCGCAGAAACGGCGCCCGCGCCUUCAACUGCGAGGGCCCCAGGGCGAGCUUUGGACGCCCCAGCAACAACUGGAUUGCUUGAGACAACACUAUGAGGCCCUGUAUGCCUCUCCGGACACCACUGACACCACGAUCUCCUCCACUGGUCCGCCUCUACCUACGACAUCUCCCACCAUUUCCUUCCCCGACUUUACUGUCACCGAUGUUCUUGAAGGCUUGCUGAAGCUACCGCCGCAUAAAGCUGCGCCUCCAGGCAAGGCGACAAGCAGUUCUUGGGUCUUAUGUGCUCGAGAGCUCGCACCAUGGCUACAUCACAAAAUUUCACAUCUUGACCAGGUGCCAUCCGACUGGCGCGAUGCUUGGAUGAGCUUGCUACCGAAAGUGACACAUCCCAUGAAACCCAAGGACCUGCGCCCACUCGGCAUCACUGAAAUUUCUGGACGUGUUGCUGCCGGCCUGGUCCAAAAAGAGCUGCGACCUUACUUGGUCGAACUCCUGGCAGCGGAACCGCAGUUCGCAUAUGCACCAGGAAGAUCCACAGACGCUGCUUUGUCACGCGUCUUUGCACAUUGUGAGAAGGUCAUUGAAAUGUGCACCCCUGCACCCUACAACAUUCUUGACUCUCGCUUCGCGCCUGCAGCCAAGCCCUUGGCAUCAGGAGGAGGCCUACAACUGAGCUUGGACCUAUCGAACGCUUUUGAUGUGUUACCUUGGGCCUUGAUUGAUAGGGCAUUACGGCUAGCCAAAGUCCCGACAUCAGUCCGCGAGUUGGUGAUCUGUUGGCACAAAGGUCUCACCUACCACCUGACGAUACAGGGGAUGAAGGCGAGAAUCCCAGCAGGGCGCGGAUUACGGCAGGGCUGCAGAAUCUCUCCAUUAGUGUGGAGCAUGGCCACAAUUGUGCUGCUGCAUGACUUGGGUGACCGCAUAGGAGAUCACCAUUGGGUCCGAGCUAUGAUCACCGCUUUCGCGGAUGAUAUCCAUGGUGGCGAGUUGAUUACAACCACUGCACAACUUGACAAACUCCUUAUCAAUUUGGGACACCUGCUUGAUGUGCUGAUGGAUGCUGAACUCAACAUCAAUACCCUGAAGUCAGCCUUCUUGUUGCGGUUCACCAAAGGUUUUGCUGCAACGUGGAAAAGACGUCAUGUUCGGCAGACAAAGGAGGGCCUACUCCUGACUCUACGGACACCAGCAGGACGUCAAUUCCACAUUCCAGUGAAAGAUGAGCACAACUACUUAGGCCUAAUCAUCUCCUAUCAACAGCCAGCGGCAAGCUCCAUCACACAUCGCAUACAAGCCGCCUGGACUGCAUAUGGCAAAUCAAUCAGCUCCAGGCUGUCGCUACCAGACAGCUCCGUGCAGCUACUUGCCAACUUGCAGCAGCUACAAUGUGGAGGAGCGAUACAGCAAGACACCGUGAACUGGCAUCAGGUUAGCUUCGAUCGCUUGCAACAUUCCACAGCGGGUCUUCCCUUUGCCGGCUAUGCCAAAAACGCUUUUCCAGGUGGACUGGUCUCCGUGCUCACAUUGAACAAGGUCGGAGCCUUGCGAAUCUCCUGUCCCUACAGGCUGAAGCUCACAAUCCACAAUGGCAAAAGCGAGUUGGUCGUUAUGCAGGAUCCUGAGCUACGUGAUGAGGUUCGUCACCACUGCCCUGAGUGCUCACAGUGGUGCUCUUCUCCUGCCGGAGUCAUGACCCUGCCAGCCACGGGCAACAUGGCGGCGACACCUCCGCCACAGCCGGAGGCUUCGAUCAAUGCCAAAAAUCAGGAGUUGGAGAUGUUUGGCCACCUUUUCAACAGCUUCAGCAACACGGCAACGAGCGGCCAGGCUGCGCAGAAACGCCCACGACCCGAACAGAGGGAUGCUGUCAUGACUCCAUCCUCCACCGAGGUGACAAAUCGCACGGAUCCCUGGACUCUGGAUACAUGGACCGAUCCGGACUCGUGGAGCAUGAGCGGAUGGUCCGUGCCGAGCCUGACCACAGCGGAGUCUUCCAGCACCCUGUUGAUGCAGGUUGCCCGAAUGACAUUGCGGCACGAGCAGCAACUUCAUAUCCUCCAACAAGACACUCGACUCUUCCUGUAUCUCAAACCGAACCAGGAGUACUCCGUGCUACCGAUGAUGCUGCAGCUCGCGACGGAAUGGAGACAGACGAUGGAAACCACUCCGACAAAGCUCACGAUGUCACUACGGGAGAUUAUGAUCCGGGGUCUGCUCAGGGAGUGGAAAACCCGCCUUCAGGCCUUCCAGAAGAGCGAGGAGACCAAGAUCACAGGACAACGCCUGCAGUGGUUGGACAGCCUGGGGCAUUGGAACUACAUGCAUUGGUGCCCGAUCAAGCAGGAACUAGUUCUGACGGAGCGCCAGGAAUCCAGGUCCACCGAAGAGAUCUUGACCAUGAUCCAGGAGAUGGAGGAGCUGAUCACGGGAGACUCAAUCAAGAACUUCAAGUCCAUGAGACAACUCCGCGAGUCAUAUCAAACGGACUGGGUGCAGUUCCUGGUGGAAGUUCAGCUACGCGGACCAGGCGACAAAUUGUGGACUAUUUUCAACGAUCUCAUCGGCAGUGCAGCGCUCCACCUUCUUGCCGCCCGACUCCGGCGGAACCGCUAUCCGUACUCGGGCCUAGCCCAGAGCAUCCAGGCCCAGGUCUGGUGA